UGUAUUUGUUCUCAAAAUUUACAAAUGUCACCGGCAACGAAACAGCGAUAAAAGUUUGUUUAAUAAACAAAAAAAGAAUUGAUUAGUUGUUAAAAAUUAAUUAUUUUCAAAUAUAAAAAAAACGCACACAAAAUUCCAAACACCAAAAAAAAAUGGAUAAACGAUACGAACCCUCGAAAGACUACGGCAGAGUCAACAAAAAACCAAAACUCGAGAUAAUUGUUGGGAAAGGUCGUCCCAAUCAGAACACAGCGGGAGCUCCAGGAACCUCCAGAUACACAGCAAAACCAGCAAGUCCGCCAAAAUCAAGUCCCGAUGAUUUCUGGGACGAUGACGAUGAUGAAGUCUUACUCAUGGCAUCGCAAGUUGUUGAAAAAUCCUCCGCACAUACUGUCCCAUUGUCAAGUCAACCAACAAGAGAUUUUACUUUUAGUGAAUUCGCUCCAAAUACCAAAUCAACAAGCACCCAAAAGUAUUUCGAACAAGAUGUUCAAUUGUUCUCUGAAAUGGAUGAUGAUUGGGAUGAUGGAAUUGUUGAGAAACCAUCGGUAUUCCUAACAAGCCAAAAACCAAAACAAACACCUGUUUUUAAGGUUCCUAUUACGGUGGCACCUACUAAAAGGCCACAUCAAGAGUCUGAGAGAAGUGAACGUCCAUUUAGUAGUGAUCUCAUUAAAUCUGCCACUCCUCUGCUUGGACAGUCUCAAUUACCACAAACUGGGAGUACAGGUAACUUCAAUUCGAAUCCGAUAAGUCUGUCUCAGCCGAAUGUCCUUAACAAAAACUCAAAUCGUGAGAAAGCCCACGAAUGCCAAAUACAAUUUCUUCAAAAACGAGCUGACACUCUGAAGAAGGAAAACGCCAAGAUUACCAAAGAAUUGGAUGAUUUUCGCAAUAAAAUGGAAAGCAAGGAUGGCGAGGUCUCUUUGCUGCGCGAUGAAAUCCGUCAUUUGAAGCAACAAAUUCAAAAUGCCCAACGCGAAAAGCUCCAAUCGACUGAUGUCGUUAAAACUGAAUGGCAAGAUAAGAUCAAUGAGCUGGCCAAGCAAGUUGAAGCUCAACAAACAGUCCUCGAGUUCAAAACAAUGGAAAUCUCAAAACUCAAAAUGAAUCAUGGUGACGAAUCGAUGCGAUUUGAUAAUAGCAUGAGGGAGAAUCUUAAUGAGAGUACCACCGCACAACAAACUAACCUUCGCACAACAACUUCCAAUCGCCGUCGUAUGACACAAAUUCAAAGUUCUGCACGUUUGACGAGGAAAAUUCCGACAGCAUGCAGUAUUCCCAUUGAGAUCUUCGAUCAAUCAAUAGAAAAGGGGAAUAGCAAGUUCCGUAAGGAUGUAUUCCAUCGAGAAAUGGAACGAUUACAGUUUCACAUGUCUCGGGUGCAAUACAUCAGUCAGUUGAAGGCAAACCAGCGAACAGAGUUGGCUGAAAGUGUCAUUGACUCAGCGAAAUGUGUAAUUGCAGAGUUCUGGACGUAUGUCCACAGUUUGGAGUACAACAAACAUAGUCACAGUCUGCCAUAUCACUCAUAUGACAUCAUCAAGGAUAGCCGACAACAGAGUAAUCGGUGUAGUCUCUUCCAGGCACAAGUUCUCUUUCAAAAUGAAAAAGCAAUUAACCUCCGUCGGUACAUUGCCGGAUUGAGUGUAAUUUGCAAAUUGGUCCCAGAAGCUGGAGCUCUUUUGUUCUCAAUUCAGAACAAUGACUAUCUUCUUAUCCAAAUUAUCAUCGAUGGAUUGAAUAAACUUGGAUUUUCGCAUGAAAUUUGUCAUCAUUUUGGUGUUGUUGAAUCAUUUGCCAUGCUCUUGGACACUCUGUGGGAUAAUCACUCCGAAGAUGAUGAAUAUUUGGAACACUUGAUGAGUUUUCUUAAAACCCUAGUAUUUUGCAGGCCAAAUGCAUGGGCAAGCAAAUUCAUUACACUGUGUUUGCAGAAAUUACCAAAUACAGCUCGAGAUCAACUUUGUGGCAAUGCACGAGGUCCUAAUUUUACUGUAUCACAGACAAUCUAUAAAUUCACAACAGAAUCAUGUGUUUUGCAAGUCUACGCCUGUCUAUUGGAGACUGCUUUUCCAGCCAAUCAAGAAUUGUGUAGAAAUGAAUUUAAAUUGCUCUCGGAGAUUUGUUACAAUCAUUUGAUUUUUUUUGCGAGUUGCUUUCCAUCACCACCACCACGAUUUGUAAUUGAUAUUUUACCACACGAUGAUGAUUUGGAUGAGGAAGGUUUGAUGAGUCAACAGCCGGUAGUUAAUAUUAAAUGCCAAUGUUAUGUGAUGAUGUGUAGCAGUGUUGUUAAGUUGUUGUAUCAGGUGAUGCGGCAGUGGCAACGAGUGGAACGGAAGCAUGAAGUGAAACUAAUUGAAAACAUUGCCAAAGUUGGUGUCCGGCUAUUGCACACUAUUUACAUUCGUUAUUACAUGACAAAACUUUUUGACCACAAAGGCUAUCUUACUCGACAUUAUUUAUAUUUUAUUUGUAAAUAUUGGCUAGAAAGUACGGAUUUGCUGCAAUUCAAGGAAACACACCGAGAAGCUUUAGAUCAACUUGCAAGCUCUCACAUUAUAGAAAUAAAAUCACAACCUGAGGAAAGAAAUACAUUUAAAGUCGAUAGAGAUUUGAAAAAAUGGUAUGAACAUUCUGGUGAUGUUGCAAAUGAAGCAAUGGAUUGUAUAGAUGUGGAUGCAGACAAUCUUAGUGAUUUCAUGAAACUACGCAUAACUGAAAGAACUUGCAAUGCUGAAUUAUUCUUUAAGAGAUAUUAAUUUAUUUGUGUGACAAUUUAUUUUAUAUAUAUAAAAAGUUAUUAUUUUCAAUUA